AUGUAUAUAAAGAAACAUCAUCAUCUCAAGAAGAAGCAAUCAGCAUUUCAGAUUCAAGCCUCGUCCAAUCUCCCAGCAAAAGAAGAGCUAAAUGGCUCACUCAUCAAGCGAGCUGAGCUAGAAAGUGUGUAUCACUACAUUCUCAACAAUGCAGAUCCAUGUCUAAUCGUAAAGACGAAAACUUUACGCCGAUACUUAAACGGAAAACGCUAUGAAACCAGCGAGGAUUUCCCGCUUUUCGUUGAUCUGUUUCCGCUAAAACUGCACCCUGAAAGCCGCGUUGGGAAUCGGUAUAAGCUUCUCCGGAGCAUUGUGUUCAUCAAUGAUCCAGAUAUCUCUUGUAUGAGAGAAGACUGUGUGGAACGUUUUAAGCGGCUUACGGGAAUGGAGAGCCUUACUUUGACCCUUGACAUUGGUGUAAUUGAAACUUUUACAGCCAAAGAUGUUAAGGUCGAGAUUGAUGAAAGCUUAGAACCGUUGGAAGAAGAUACGACUUGUUUGGAAGAUCCCAUUGAUGUUAAGGAUGAGAUUGAUGAGGGCUUAGAACCGGAUACUGCUUGUUUAGAAGAUUGCACUUGUGGUGACGAAAGUGAUGUUGCUGCAAAAGCUGGAGCUCAGGCUGGACAUGUGAUGCGGCUGAUUGAUAUCGGUGAUUGCACUGACGCUUAUCUCUUCCGUGUAUCGCUUCCCGGUGUGAAAAGAGAUGAAAGACACUUUAGCUGUGAAGUAAAAGACGAUGGGAAAGUACUAAUUAGAGGAAUCACUACAACAGGUGGGAAACAAGUUCAUCGGUAUACUCAGGUGUUUGAGAUGCAGACGCAGAAUCUUUCCCCGCCCGGUCGCUUUACUGUUUCGUUCAGCCUCCCAGGUCCUGUGCAGCCACAGGAGUUUUCGGGCAACUUUGGAACCGAUGGGGUUCUUGAAGGGAUCGUAAUGAAGAAGAUGCAGGAGAAACUGUUUAAAUCUUAG